CCCGUGGAUUCUGAGAAGGAAAAGAUCCGUCGCAUCCAGGAUUAUGGUGGCAUAGUAACGAAGAGUGACAUUUCUCGGAGACACAAAUACGCUCGACGAAAAGCAUACAGUAAGAAUGGAUUCUUCAUCAAUCAAUACGGGAACGCUCAGGAAGCUGAAGAAUUUCACGACAGUGGCAAUUUCCCCCUUGAGAGCACCAACAUUCUACACGAAGUUCUGCUGCAAAUGGACGAAGAUUACUCGCUGACCAAAAAAAUUCCAGAUUAUUUCGUACAUGCUGCUGAUACAGGAGGCACAAUCACUUCGAUUGGACGCUAUGCAAAACGAUACGGUUUGAACACUACUAUCCUUCUUUCUGACUCUGAAUAUUCAGUUUAUUACGACUACGUGAUAUGGAACAGGUGC